GCAAAGAUGCCAACCCCGAACAUCUCCACCUCUGCAGCCAAAGGCUUCCGCAGGGCGGUGUCGGAGCUGGACUCCAAGCAAGCCGAGGCCAUCAUGUCUCCACGUUUUGUGGGAAGACGCCAAAGCCUCAUUGAGGAUGCCAGGAAGGAGAGAGAGGCUGCGGCUGCAGCCACUGAUGCUGCAGAGUCCACAGAGACCAUUGUAUUCGAGGAGAAGGAUGGGAGAGCCAUGCUGAACCUCUUCUUCAUGCUCAAGGGAGCCAAGACUUCACCACUGUCCCGUGUCCUUAAGGUAUUUGAGACAUUUGAAGCUAAAAUUCACCACCUGGAGACCAGGCUUAGCCGAAAGGCCCGUGAAGGGGUCGCUGAGCUGGAAUACUUUGUGCGCUGUGAAGUCCACAGCUCUGACCUCAAUACUUUCAUCAGCUCCAUCAAGAGGGUAGCAGAAGAUGUGAGGACCACUAAAGAAGACAAAUUUCACUGGUUUCCCAGGAAAAUCUGCGAACUGGACAAGUGCCACCAUUUGGUCACCAAGUUUGACCCUGACUUGGAUCUGGAUCACCCGGGCUACUCGGACCCAGCAUAUCGGCAGAGAAGGAAAUCAAUAGCAGAGAUUGCUUUUCAAUAUAAGCACGGGGACCCCAUCCCUCACGUGGAGUACACGGCGGAGGAGACAGCCACCUGGAAGGAGGUGUACAGCACCCUGAAGAGCUUGUACCCCACCCAUGCCUGCAAGGAGUACCUUGAGGCUUUCAGUCUACUGGAGAAAUUCUGUGGCUACAAUGAGAACAACAUCCCUCAGCUGGAGGAGGUUUCCCGCUUUCUGAAAGAGAGGACUGGCUUCCAGCUGCGGCCGGUGGCCGGCCUGCUCUCAGCACGGGACUUCCUGGCCAGCCUGGCCUUCCGCGUCUUCCAGUGCACGCAGUACAUCCGCCACGCCUCCUCGCCCAUGCACUCCCCCGAGCCGGAUUGCUGUCACGAGCUGCUGGGGCACGUGCCGAUGCUGGCUGACAAGACAUUUGCCCAGUUCUCUCAGGACAUUGGGCUGGCGUCUCUGGGAGCAACUGAUGAAGAAAUUGAGAAACUAGCAACGCUUUACUGGUUUACAGUGGAGUUUGGGCUCUGCAGACAGAAUGGAAUAGUCAAAGCCUACGGAGCUGGGCUCCUCUCUUCCUAUGGGGAGCUCAUACACUCCUUGUCAGACGAACCAGAGGUGAGGGACUUCGACCCUGAUGCUGCAGCUGUUCAGCCCUACCAGGACCAGAACUACCAGCCUGUUUAUUUUGUGUCUGAGAGCUUCAGUGAUGCCAAAAAUAAAUUGAGGAGCUACGCGGCGCACAUCAAGCGGCCCUUCUCGGUGAAGUACGAGCCCUACACGCACAGCAUCGAGCUCCUGGACAGCCCCCAGAUGAUCUGCCACUCCCUGGAGAGCGUGAGGGAUGACCUCCACUCGCUGAUUAACGCGCUCAAUGUUAUCAGUUAAUACAAGAACUGAGCCCUUUCCGUCCCCUCCCAGCCCCAGAGUCCUGCCCUGCCCUCUCCUCAUUCCCAGCUGAUCAUUCCUACCUGUCUGCCCCAAACAUUGGCACUGCUGCCUGUCACCACGCGACCCCAACAGCUUCCCACGUCUGUAUGUAGGGCCAGCUCGGAGGAGGGCAGCAGGACACACCCCAGGCCUGCUGGCUUUUUGGGUACCUUUCCUAUUGACUGCUGGAAGAGGCUUAGCAGAUACAAAAAGCAUGGCCAGGCUAAAAAAUUGGGAGUCAAGAGCUGUGUGCUAGGCUCCUGGGUGCAAGGAA